GAGGCUAACAUGAAGAAGUGUUGAAAAUUAGUAUUUUUUAGAAAUUGCUGAUAAAAAAAAAUGGUAUUUGUGUUGGAAUCUUACCUCUAAUUAUUGCUUUUCCCUUAGCACCUCAUCUUUCCAUUGUCAAGACACAAAAGAUGCAGCAGAAAUGUAGAUUGGACAUUCAUCAAAAUCUUGACAUAGCAUGAAGCUACAAUUUCUUCUAGGAUGGAACAGGAAAUCAGUUCAUGGAAUGGGAAUAAAGUGCAUAUUUGUCUGUUUUAUAGAAGAGGCUAUUUCAUAAUUUGUUACUUUUAUGUGUACUUAUACUUUUGAUAGAUAGUUUUCACCUAAUCUAAAUAAUUCAAUGAUCUUCUUUUUUAGUCUUUUCUGUUAGUUUCCAAAUCGAUUAGAUGUACUUAUGCUUUUGGUUUGGGGUUGGUUAGUUGUCGAACUUUUUCUAUUUAUAUAUUUUAAUAUUGGCGCAUGUUAGGUUUUCCAUGUAUCUUAGGUUUAUUUUUAUGUUUACUUCUGGUCUAAAAAAAUUCUUAUGAUCUGUCUAUAUGGCACUUAUGAUCUGCUCUAUAUGGCACUUGUAUGAAACCUUUUGGGAGAUCUCUAGGAUCUGCCAAAGGAAAUGAAAUCGGUUGCAUUAAUGAGAUGGUUUGGCUUUUAACAAUAUCUGGAAUGAUAAUUGCAGAUCUCUGGUUUAAUACAGUCCUCUUCUACUCAGAAUUGGCUCAGUUCUCAAGGUAGCUCUUCCGGUCUCAUUGUUAAGAGAACAAUCAGAGUGGAUAUUCCUGUUGAAAAAUAUCCUAAUUACAAUUUUGUUGGGCGCCUUCUUGGUCCUAGGGGAAACUCUCUGAAGCGUGUGGAAGCAAGUACAGACUGCCGUGUUCUGAUAAGAGGGCGUGGCAGUAUUAAGGACCCUGCAAGGGAAGAAAUGAUGAGAGGAAAAACUGGGUAUGAACACCUCAAUGAACCCCUCCAUAUCCUGGUUGAGGGUGAAUUACCUGUUGAAAUAGUUGAUGCUCGCCUAAUGCAAGCACGGGAGAUACUUGAAGACUUGUUGAAGCCCAUGGAUGAAUCCCAUGAUUUUUAUAAGAAACAACAGCUACGAGAGCUAGCAAUGCUGAAUGGCACACUUCGAGAGGAGGGUUCGCCCAUGUCUGGUUCUGUUUCCCCCUUCCAUAACAGCCUUGCCAUUAAGAGGGCCAAGACUAGGGGGUAGUGGUACUGGUGGACUCGUGUCAUAGUUUCUGCCAAAAGAGUGGGGUUCCCACAGUGCAGCUGUUCCUGUGUCAGCAAAUGCCUCCAGCUGCCAUCGGGGCACUGGCAUUGUCAUGUGCCGGUUUCUAACAUGUUUCCAUAUAAGUGUGACUAUCGUGUGUUGUUUUGACGAGGUUAAAUGAUAGUAUCAUAGUAAGGGAUUAGUCCACAGCUGUGGGUGGGGGGGUUCGUUUUUAUAUGUUGGUUAGAGCAGUUGUUCUCCAGACACUGCCCGUGUAUUAUUAGGUUAAAAUUGUAAGCUUGUAAUGACAGUUUUGGUAAGAGGGGGGAUCCAAUGUGAAGUAAAAGGUAUGGUUUGUAUAAAGAAAAUGUUGGUUUUUUUAUUUUUAUUUU